AACCUAUUAUAAUAUGAUAGAAGAAUCACGUGUACAGUGAUUCAAUGAUAUCAAUGAUAUAUCAAUGAUAUAUAAUUAAUGUUUUUAUGUGAAUUGAAUUAGAUUAUAUAUCUUUUAAAAUGAAACUAAAAAAUUUACGAAUAAAUCCUUUGAAUCGAAUUCAAAAAGAAAGAAAAGAAGAAGAACCAAGCACUUCAGAAAAUAAAACGUCGAAGGUUAUUUUACCAUCGGAUAGCAAUUUUAAUCAUAUAAAGUGCAAAGCAGUACGAUAUAAAAAAUGCCAACAAUUAAUGAAAGAAAAAAUAAAGGCCAAAAAAGAAGCCAAAAAAAAAAGAAUUCAAGAAGGAGGUCCAAAACAAAUUCCACAUACCAUUGAAAGCUUAAGAGAGAAAGAUGAAACUAUUGUCACUGGUAAUCUUGAGGAUGAAGAAAAUGCUGAACUUAAAGUUGAUUUUGAACAUGAUGAAUUUGCUGCUUAUUAUAAGCAUACUUAUGAUCCUAAAGUUUUGAUUACAUAUUGUGAUAAUCCAACAAGAAAAACUAGAAUUUUUGGUGUAGAACUUACAAGGAUAAUACCAAAUUCAAUUUCUUUAUAUAGAAAUCGUUCUGGAGUGAAGAAAAUGGUUAAAAGUGCUAUUGCAAGAAAUUUUACAGAUAUUAUAAUUAUUAAUGAGGAUCAAUGUAAACCUAAUGGUAUGUUAAUUAUUCAUUUGCCUGAUGGGCCAACAGCACAUUUUAAGCUUAGCAAUGUUAAAAUAACUCCGGAAUUAAAACGUAGUCAUAAAGAAAUUUCUAAACAUAGACCAGAAGUUAUUUUAACUAAUUUCACAACUCGCUUGGGCUGUACUAUUGGUAGAAUGUUAGGAGCACUAUUUCAUUAUCAACCUGAAUUUAAAGGCAGUAGAGUUGUAACAUUUCAUAAUCAACGAGAUUAUAUAUUCUUCAGACAUCAUAAGUACCAAUUUGAUCUUGAAACAGCUAAACCUAGAUUAAGAGAGCUAGGACCUAGAUUUACUUUAAGAUUAAAAUCUCUACAACAAGGAACAUUUGACAGUAAACAUGGAGAAUAUGAAUGGCUUAUUCAAGGAAAAAGACAUGAUAUGGAAACUAGUAGAAGAAAAUUCUUUUUAUAAAUUUAAUAUAAAUGAUUUUAAUAGGCAUGUUUUAUUACAUUUUGUAUUUAAUAUUACCUCGAAUAAACAACGUGAAGUUGUUAUAAGAAA